AUAAUAUUAUCUUGUGUACUUAAGUAACAUAGAAUAUUUCACAUGCUGUUAUCUUACACUGGCAAGUUUCUUCAUUCAAGACUGACAUGUUUUCACUUCAAUUAAAUAUAAUUGAAAGUUUUACAAUCUAAUGAAUUACAGUUAAUCGUGUGCAACAAUCAAUAUGGAGAGCAAUAUAGCGCCCAAUUGUAUGGUGGUGACUCCUCACCACUUAGCUACACAGAGUGCCGUAGCAAUCCUCAGAGAAGGAGGAACUGCAGUCGAAGCAAUGGUAUCAGCCGCUGCGACCAUAGCUGUAGUAUAUCCGCAUAUGAAUAGCAUUGGAGGCGAUUCUUUCUGGCUCAUCGUACCUCCAACCGGUGAACCUAUAGUUAUUGAAGCUUGUGGAGCAGCUGGCUCUUUAGCCACUCCAGAGUUUUACAAGGAUUGUAAAACUAUUCCCUAUAAAGGUCCAAAAGCAGCUAACACAGUUGCAGGAACUAUUGGUGGAUGGGAAGAAGCUUUGAAAUAUAUCUCUGAAUGUGGUUACCAAAAAAUGUCGCUGAAAAAGUUGCUAGCCGAUGCUAUUAUGUACGCAGAAAAUGGAUUUCCUGUUACAAAAUCUCAACACACAAGCUUAAAAAAUAUACAAGCCUCAGGUAAUAUACCAACGGAAUUUGAAAAAGUUUUCAUACGUAAUGGAAAAAUUCCAAAAGUUGGAGAAAAAUUCUGCCAAAAGCGCCUGGCGAAAACACUACAGCAAUUAGCUAAAAAUGGUUUAAACAGUUUCUAUAAAGGCGAAUUGGCAACACUAAUUGCCGAAGACAUGGCAUCAUUAGGGAUGCCUAUCACACAAUCAGAUCUUACGAACUACGCCCCAGUUAGGAAAGUUCCUCUACGAUUAUUGCAUAGUCACGGAGAGAUAUUCAAUGUUCCGCCACCGACACAGGGCUUAGUUUCGCUGGCUAUUCUGGGUAUCUUAGAUAAGUUAGGUGUCGAUGGCCAACAUGAGGGACAGUUUAUACAUGCUACAGUAGAAGCUACUAAAAAGGCUUUUCAAAUGAGGGACCAACACAUAACUGAUCCAGCUUAUAUGAAAACUGAUCCCAACUCUUUGUUGACAAGCCAGAAUUUGUUCGAAAUGGCCAAAGGCAUUAAUUUCGAUCAAGCACACGGUGCAGUAUCAUGUAAAGCGGCCGGCGACACAAUUUGGAUGGGAGCAAUGGAUAACAAAGGCUUUUCAGUCUCCUUUAUUCAGAGCAUUUACCAUCAAUUUGGGAGCAAUGUAGUACUUCCUAAAACUGGUAUUGUGUGGCACAAUAGGGGUAUAGCGUUUAAUUUGGAAAGGGAUCAUAUGCUGUGUAUUAAACCUGGAAAGAAACCUUUUCAUACAUUGAACCCUGCUGCAGCCCGACUUCGGGAUGGUCGCGUUUUGGUAUAUGGGACUAGAGGAGGUGAUGGCCAGCCACAAACACAAGCAGCUAUCUUCCACAGAUACGUCGUCCAAGGACUGGACUUGCAGAGUUCAGUGUCAGACCCAAGAUGGAUUUAUGGAAGAAUUUCUGGGGAUCCACAGACAACUUUGAAGCUAGAAAGUAGGUUCUCAGCAGAGACUAUUAAUUAUUUAAAGGAGAAGGGUCAUGACAUUGUUAUGUUGCCAGAUUAUAGUGAGGACACUGGACAAGCUGGGGCCUUAGUUAGGCACCCUGAUGGAAAUGUGGAAGGAGCAUUUGAUCCAAGAAGUAAUGGAAGUGCUGCUGGCUUCUGAUCAUAUUGUUUUAUAAUAAUAUUUUCAUUGUUUACAAUUAUGACUAUACGUACGUAGUUACAUAGUUAAGGUAAUUGGUAUCUAUCUAGUCUAUUUUGAUUUUUAACAUUUUGUGGAAAAAUUCUGUGUGUAUUAAAAAAAAAACGUAGCUUUAAAUUAAUUGUUAUGCGCAGAUGAUUCGAAUAUUUUUUUAUUACUUCUUAAUUUUUUUGUAUUUCGUUAUAAAAUAUAUAAUUAUUUUGUUCCAAUUUGUCUCUUUAGCAUCGAAUUUUAAUUUUAAUUGCACUUAGAAAAGCAUUUACCUAUAAUAUAAUGUCUUACUUAAUUGAUGUUAAGUAUCAAGUAAGUGUUUUAGUAAAAAGGGUUAGCCACUAAGCUUAUGAUAAAUUCAUUGCUCUUUACUUGAUGCUCUAUUUCAAUUUAAGGCUUUCUCGUAAUUAUCUCCACUUAAAAUCCAUUAUUUUUUUAAGUUAAUAUUUAAUGAACCAUAAGAUAAAAGCGAAAGAAAAACUCUUCUAGUUAUACAAUGAAAAUUAAUAAGUUCUGUUAUUAAAACUUUUUUUAAUUCAUCGCUCAAAGACACGAGCGCUCCCAAAACUUCUUUAGACAUUUUUGGAACUGUCAGAAGCAAAAGUAAAAUUUGCAAACUCGCAAGACUUAUUUUCCAGGGAAACUUGGAACUCUUUUGUCUUUUAAAAAAUGAACUCAAAGUGGAGCUUAAAAUUAACAGUCUAGGAACAGUUUUAAAUUAGACAAUCUCUUUGAAAUAUAUGGUCCGUUUCCUGAACAGUGGUCGACGAUAAUUCACAUUUAUUGGAAAGAUAAGGGAACGAACAAAGAAUGGAUGUAAAUCAAAAAUGACGCUUUAAAAUAAUACUGGAUUUUGGUUUGACGUGAUGUUGGUACGCACUGCGAAUUUUUGAUAAACGAACCAAUAAAUAAAAAUUAAUGGGACUGUUAUGAAUUGAAUGUCA